CUGGUUCGUAAGUAGCACCAAAACAUUGCUGGGCUAGAAGUAAGAACCGCUUACGUCAGUGGCUGGGGGCGGGGUUACCGUGACCAACGAGACGAACACAAACUGUUGAGCGCCAUAUUUAAAAAUAGCAGCUAGCUAUAACAAACAUACAGGAUGGACGCUAUUAAGCAAAAACAGCAGUGGUCCGAAGAGGAAACAAGUUUCUUUCUUGCAGUCUGGUCCAGUGCAGAAGUGCAGAGUAAAUUAGAGGGUGCUUCACGGACAAAACCGGUAUUGCAGCAAAUUCAGCGCGAGAUGGCCGCUGCUGGGUUCGACCGGAACAUUGAACAGAUUAACAACAAACUAAAAAAACUCAAGAAAGAUUACCGGGACCAAAAAAAGGACCUCGGUCGGAGUGGUAAUGGGCGGCCACGUCGAAACCCACAUUUUGACAUCCUCGACGCUGUCCUCGGCGAUAGGCCGGCAUGCCAGGUGACCGGGGCGCUGAACUCGGCAACAGUUAUGCUGGAAUCGAUGGUGGAUGAUUCGCUGCAGCAAAGUUGCACUGAUCCUGAAUUGUCUGCCAUCAACGACGGAGAUGACAACGUUGAGUUACCACCACCGCUGGGCUGCAGCUCUCCCGCACCGUCGUGUAGCAGCUCUGGAGAUACAUGUCUUGCAUCUUCUGAACAAGACAAACGGGGAAAAAGGAAGAGAGACAGUACUUCAGAACUGAUUCAAUAUUUGGAAAGGGCAGAUGAGAGGUUUUUGCAGCACAGCAAGGAAAUGGAUGAUGCCUUGCUGCUGGAAAUGAGAGCAGACACACGUUCUCUGCUUGGACUCAUGGGCUGCAUGGUGGCGGUAAUGGAAGCACAAUCGCAAAAAUGAUCGGAAAUAAAUCACACCACAGUAUUUCUUUUCUCAUGUACAAUUUUUAUUUUAUAAAACUAUUUACAAUUUAUUUACUGCACUUUAUAUUUUACAAAGAUUUAUAAAGAUUUGUACUGUUUUUGUAAAAUAAAAAAAAUAAUAAACUAAGUUUUAUAUAAACAAAUGUGUGAUUAAGUUUCUUUAAUCAAUGGAGAAUAUAAUAACUGUCCUCAAACACAAACUGAAGAGGUUACAAACAUAUGACAUCGGUGUGUUGUGUUCUAAAGUAAUUCAAAGGAUCACUCGUUCCCGCUGUUAAAAUGCAUCAUUAAUGCAGCUCUGAUGUCAGCCCCUUCAGUGUUAGCAUGCUCAGGUAAUGUCUGAACAGGAGGCUGAAUGUUUACAGUCCUGUCUAGGUACUCUUCAGUGAAAUUAUCACCAUGCUCCUCACAAAUGUUAUGAAGCACACAGCAGGUCAGUGCCAUUUUCUUGCUCAGCUCCAGCUUGCAGUCGUUUCUUUUUAGGAGGCACUUCCAUCGUCCUUUUAAUCUCCCAAAAGACAUCUCCACAACCGAUCGUGCGCUGCUCAGCCUGUAAUUAUAGGUGUGUUGUUCAGGGGUCAGCCUGCCAGUGUCUGAAAAGGGCUUCAUGAGCCAGUUCUGCAUGGGGUACGCCGGAUAACCUAUCAGGUAAUAUCCCACAUCACAGGCAGAGAUGGUCACUUUGUUUUGCCCAAGUAAUUCCCCGUCACUUAGGACCUCCCACAAGUGUGACUGUCGUAGCACUCUGGCAUCAUGCACACUCCCUGGAUAGCCAACACAAACAUCCCAGAAUAGACCUUUGCCAUCCACAACUGCUUGCA